GCGAUACACGGCCCAGCCGAACUGAUACACAAGUAAGAUACAUACUCUGCAAAGUCGGUCACCAGAAGCGACGAGAGACGCCCACGGUGGCUGCCAACAGAGUCAACUCAAUCCAGAGAAGUGCGAAGAGGAGCAUACCUAGCCAUGAACGUCUGGAUGCGAAGAAGAAAACGACAGAACGCGAGAGCUGCCCCUGACCCGUCCUUGAAGUCGAUGGGCGGCAGCUUGCUGACAGAAUAUCGCCAGUACGUCGCCAGUAUCAUGCUCAUGCUCACUCAUNCUGCCCCUGCUAGACCCGGNCAGUNAACUCAUCAGUAGAACACCUCCGCUUGAGGCAGAAGCAU